AUGCUGUUUCGAUGGCGACCUCAUUUCCUAUUCAUUAAUGCCAAAAAAAUCCCCAGAGAAAACAUCCUCCUCGCGUAGGGUCCAAGAAACCGAGAAACCACCACCACAAAAUCAUCAUCAAUGGGUCUCUGUUUCUCCUCCGCCAAAGUCUCCGGCCGCCACAACCGCAGCCCCCGGAAUCCCAAUCCUCAUCCUCCUCCUCUUCCUCUCACGGUGGCUAAACACAGACCUCCGCAAACGCCGUGUUCAUUCAUGACCGUUUCGAUCCAGAAAGACCACAGGACCCAACCGCGACGUCCCGCUAAGAAAACGCCGCCGCAAACGCAAACGCGACAGACGCCAACGCAUGGGAGGGCGAGAGAGAAGGUUAGCAAUAAUAAUCAUAACGGUGGGAGGAGACACGGAGAAGCGAUCCCCUACGGCAAGCGCAUCGAUUUUGGGUACGCCAAAGAUUUCGAUCACCGUUACUCCAUCGGGAAACUGCUCGGACAUGGCCAAUUCGGUUACACUUAUGUCGCUACCGAUAAAAAAACCGGAGAUCGUGUCGCCGUCAAGAAAAUCGAUAAAGCCAAGAUGACAAUUCCGAUUGCUGUGGAAGAUGUAAAGAGAGAGGUGAAGAUAUUACAAGCUUUAACAGGUCAUGAAAAUGUGGUUCGGUUUUACAAUGCCUUCGAGGACAAGAACUCUGUUUAUAUAGUCAUGGAGUUAUGCGAGGGUGGUGAAUUGCUUGAUCGGAUAUUAGCCAAGAAAGAUAGUCGGUAUAGCGAAAGAGACGCAGCCGUGGUAGUGAGACAGAUGCUAAAAGUUGCGGCUGAGUGUCAUUUGCGUGGUCUUGUUCACCGAGAUAUGAAACCAGAGAAUUUUCUAUUCAAAUCAACCGAAGAAGCUUCGCCUCUAAAAGCUACAGAUUUCGGUUUAUCAGACUUCAUAAAACCAGGCAAGAAGUUUCAUGAUAUCGUAGGGAGUGCGUAUUACGUAGCACCUGAAGUGUUGAAACGCAGGUCAGGACCUGAAUCAGAUGUGUGGAGUAUUGGUGUCAUUAGUUACAUUCUUCUCUGUGGGAGACGACCUUUCUGGGAUAAGACUGAAGAUGGUAUCUUCAAAGAGGUCCUGAAGAACAAACCUGAUUUCAGAAGAAAACCAUGGCCAACUAUCAGCAACAGUGCCAAAGAUUUUGUUAAGAAGUUGUUAGUAAAAGACCCGAGAGCUAGAUUAACAGCUGCGCAAGCCCUAUCACAUCCAUGGGUUAGAGAAGGAGGAGAUGCAACUGAGAUUCCCAUAGACAUAUCUGUUCUCAACAACAUGCGUCAGUUUGUGAAAUUUAGCCGCCUCAAGCAAUUCGCUUUAAGGGCGCUUGCAACGACGCUUGAUGAAGAAGAGUUGGCUGAUCUUAGAGACCAGUUUGAUGCGAUUGAUGUUGAUAAAAAUGGUGCCAUUAGCCUUGAAGAGAUGAGGCAGGCUCUUGCGAAAGAUCAUCCUUGGAAGCUUAAGGAUGCACGAGUUGCAGAAAUUCUUCAAGCGAUUGAUAGCAACACAGAUGGAUUUGUGGAUUUCGAAGAGUUUGUUGCUGCUGCGUUACACGUGAAUCAAUUAGAGGAGCAUGAUUCUGAGAAAUGGCAACAGAGAUCAAGAGCAGCAUUUGAGAAAUUCGACAUAGACGGAGAUGGAUACAUAACAGCAGAGGAACUUCGAAUGCAUACUGGCUUGAAAGGGUCCAUUGAGCCACUUCUUGAAGAAGCUGACAUUGACAAUGAUGGUAAAAUCAGUCUCCAUGAAUUUCGUAGACUUUUGAGAACUGCAAGUAUCAAAUCGAGAAACGUUAGAAACCCUCCUGGUUAUCUUAUUUCUCGAAAGGUCUAAAAAAGUUAUUUGCAGUAUUUUAUCAAUUGGUGAGGAAAGACCUAAUCAAAUCAAGAAAGCUUGUGAAUUUUUGUUGAUCCCUUAUAUGUAGAAGGCUGGGGAUCGAGUGCAGUGUUUUCAUGUGGUUUUGUAACAUAUUUUCGUAUAUCUUAUAAUCAAUGACAAAGAAAUUGAUAAUUCAUAAUAGAAAAUUAGCGAAAUGUGGUGAUGAGUUUAUGUAUUGUGUAUAUAG